CGAACACACAGCCCUGAGAGGAAAUCUGGAGACGACCACACACAUCUGUAAACUGAAUCCCGGCUAACUGAAAAACGUUUUCGAAAAUCACCAAAUAACACAACAAAUGCUUUUGGCUUUUCAACAAAUACAAAAACCUUAAAACAAUAUACGAAAGUUCAUGUAUACAGUUUUUUACACAUUUUUUUUCUGUGCUCUGUGACCAUAAAAACGAAAGCUAAAAUAAAUAGAAAAGUUUCCGAAUGCCAGGAAUUUAUCAGGACGAAAACAUCAAUAGAACGGUAUAGAUCCACAAAAAUGAAGGGUCUGCAGGCCUCAUCUGGCAACUGAGGAGGAGGCGAGAAAACACGAGCUAUGGACAACAACACGGACGUACUGUACCAGUACCGUCUCGCCCCAUCCGCCAGCCCGGAUAUGGAUCUCGGGGAUCCCCGCCUUGAGGGCGGGCCUAACCUGGCGGCCAACGAGUCCCAGCUGGAACUCCCCGACUACGGGAACGAGAGCCUGGACUACUCCAACUACCAGCAGAUGGCCGACGGUUCUUGCCGCAUGGAGGACAACAACAUCAGCUACUGGAACCUCACCUGCGACUCGCCCCUGGACUACGCCAUCCCACUCUACGGAUACUGCAUGCCCUUCCUGCUGAUCACCACCAUCAUCUCCAACUCCCUGAUCGUCCUCGUCCUGAGCAAAAAGAGCAUGGCCACGCCCACCAACUUUGUACUGAUGGGGAUGGCUAUAUGCGAUAUGCUGACUGUUAUAUUUCCGGCACCGGGCCUCUGGUAUAUGUACACAUUCGGCAAUCAUUAUAAGCCCCUGCAUCCGGUCUCCAUGUGUCUGGCCUACAGCAUUUUCAAUGAGAUCAUGCCAGCCAUGUGCCACACCAUCUCCGUUUGGCUAACUCUGGCCCUUGCCGUGCAAAGGUACAUUUACGUGUGCCACGCCCCCAUGGCCCGCACAUGGUGCACGAUGCCGCGGGUGAGGCGGUGCACGGCGUACAUCGCGCUGCUGGCCAUCCUGCACCAGCUACCGCGGUUCUUCGAUCGCACCUACAUGCCGCUGGAGAUCGAGUGGAACGGGAAGCCCACCGAGGUGUGCCACCUGGAGACGGCGUUGUGGGUGCACGACUACAUCGGGUUGAACCUGUACUACACCAGCUACUACCUGUUCCGGGUGCUGUUCGUACACCUCCUACCCUGCAUCAUCCUGGUGACGCUGAACAUCCUGCUCUUCUCGGCGAUGCGGCAGGCGCAGGAGCGGCGCAAGCUGCUCUUCCGGGAGAACCGGAAGAAGGAGUGCAAGAAGCUGCGGGAGACCAACUGCACCACCCUGAUGCUGAUCGUGGUCGUCUCCGUGUUCCUGCUGGCCGAGAUCCCCAUCGCCGUGGUCACCGUGAUGCACAUCGUGAGCUCCCUGAUCAUCGAGUUCCUGGACUACGGCCUGGCCAACAUCUGCAUAAUGCUGACCAACUUCUUCCUGGUGUUCAGCUACCCCAUCAACUUCGGCAUCUACUGCGGCAUGUCGCGCCAGUUCCGCGAGACCUUCAAGGAGAUAUUCCUGGGCCGGCUGAUGACCAAGAAGGACACCUCCACGAAGUACUCGAUCGUUAACGGCGCACGCACGUGCACCAACGAGACGGUCCUCUAGUAAUUGGUGAUGUUGGUGCCGCGGCGGGGCAG